GUACAAAUGGAUUCCGAAGCAAAUGGAACUCCUCGGCCGGACCUGGGUUCCGCUGUGCAAGAAAAGCGACAGCGAUAAGGACGGCAAGGGCGACGAUGCCUCAUCUGGUUUUCUCGGGACCACCAGCAGCUUGGACACCACCACAGCUUCGGCCUGCACCAUCAGAAGUGCGGCCUCGUCUUCCAGCACCGUCUCCAGGGCGACGACGUCAUCUGUCUCCGGCACACUUUUCAAAAACGUCGCAGAUGUUUGGUUUUUCGCGGAAACGUGUGCCCGAGGGACGAUGCAGCCGUAUACGAUCAGUGACAUUCUCCACUACAUGACGGGCGGGAACUCGCUCGAGGUUGAUCGGUUACGAAAAGCGAAGACGCUGGACAAGCGAAUUCAGAAAAUUUGCAUGUCAACGGCGGUUCCUACGGUGGGCAUUCCGGCAAACAAUAUCAAGCAGAUCGACGACCUGUUCAGCAGAAGUGGUUCCUGUCA